AUGACCGAUCCAUCCGCAGCGGCAGGAGCCCAACAGCAGCAAAGCUAUAAUCAGAUGUUGCUUCAAAUCCUGUCCCAGCAGCAGCAGCUGAUGGCUCAGCUCACGCAUCAGUUUUCUGCGACACAGAUCGCCAUGAAAUCGCUAGCGAGAGACGAGAUAGCCUUGGAUUCGCUCUCCAGCAAUAUAGUUGAGUUUGCCUAUGAUCCGGAGCACGGAUCCACCUUCGACACGUGGUACUCGAGGUAUGCUGAUUUAUUCGACAAAGAUGCCAGCAGCCUGGAUGACGAUGCGAAGGUCCGACUUCUGAUGCGGAAAUUGAAUCCAGCAGCGCACGAGCGGUAUAGCAGUUUCAUCCUCCCAAAGCAGACCAAAGAUUUUUCGUUCGCGCAGACCAUUGAGAAGCUGAAAGCUAUUUACGGAUCGCCAGUGUCAAUUUUUCAUCGCCGAUAUCAGUGUCUUCAAACAGUCAAAGAAGAUGCAGAUGACUUUGUGACAUAUUCUUGCAAAGUUAACAAGUCGUGUGUUGACUUUAAACUUCGUGACUUGUCUGAGGAGCAGUUUAAAAGUCUAAUCUUUGCCUGUGGAUUAAAGUCACCGAAAGAUUCCGACAUACGCAUGCGGUUGAUUACGAAGCUCAACGAGACGGCAGAUAUCUCACUGGAGAAAAUUGUAGAAGAAUGCAAGCAGCUAACGAAUCUGAAGCAGGACAACAUUCUGGUGGAGAAUGCGCAUGCAGCAGCAACAGCAGUGCGAGCAGUGCAUCAAAACCGAUUCGUGAAGCAGGAAAAUAAACCACAAAGUUCCGGUAACAAACCAAAUAGUGAGCUACCCAGGACCCCGUGCUGGUCUUGCGGAGGCAUGCAUUAUACAAAAGAUUGCCAAUACCGUGAACACCUGUGCCGUGACUGUAAGAAGAAGGGGCAUAAGGAAGGCUAUUGCGGUUGUUUUUCGAAGAAGCCUGCGAAGAAGAAAUUCGAGCCGAGAAAGCAAAAGGACGUGAACGUUGUGUCGGUCAAAAACGUUAGCCAGAGACGGAAGUAUGCUGAAGUUCAGAUCAACAAAGUACCAGUCCAAAUGCAAGUCGAUUCAGCGUCGGAUAUCACUAUCAUUUCCGAUGCGACAUGGAAGCGGAUUGGACAACCACAGGGUGAUACUCCGUCAUGCGACGCUAGAACUGCUUCAGGAGAGCCACUCAAUCUCGCUUUGGAAUUUUGGUGUGACGUUGAGCUCAGUGGCAUCAAUAAACGAGGUUCCGAUUGGAUGGAGUUGUUUAAUCUGUGGGACGUACCAAUCAGCCAGUUUUGCCACAGAAUCAACGACCAGUCGGAACAAGGUAUCGAAGCAAUACAAACUCGUUUUCCGAAGGUGUUCACCGAGAAAAUGGGCCUCUGCACAAAAACGAAAAUCCAGUUCACUCUGAAAGGAGACACGAAACCAGUUUUUCGACCCAAGCGUCCUGUAGCAUACAGUGUGCAAGUAGCAGUCGAAGAGGAAAUCCAGCGUCUUUUGCGUUUGGGUAUUCUUAAGCCGGUUGAGCAUUCGGAAUGGGCCGCGCCUAUCGUUGUUGUGCGGAAACCGAAUGGACGGGUACGCAUAUGUGCUGAUUUUUCUACGGGUCUGAACAACGUGCUAGAGCCAAAUCAGUACCCGUUGCCGUUGCCGGAGGAUAUUUUUACUAAAAUGGCUGGGUGCAAAAUUUUCAGUCAUUUGGAUCUCUCCGAUGCGUACUUACAAGUGCAAGUUGAUCAACAGGACCAGCAACUACUAACCGUCAACACCCACAAGGGAUUGUUCCAGUAUACUCGCCUCACUCCCGGUAUCAAGGUAGCACCGGGCGCAUUCCAGCAGCUAAUGGACACUAUGAUAAGUGGACUUAGCGGUACGAGUGGAUACAUGGAUGACAUCCUCAUUGGUGGCCGAACACAAGUAGAGCAUGACCGUAACCUCAACGCCGUACUGCGCCGUCUGGAAGAGUAUGGAUUCACGUUACGGAUCGAGAAGUGUAGCUUCAAUAUGCGACAAGUAAAAUAUUUGGGGCAGAUUAUGGAUGGUGAAGGGAUCAGACCGGAUCCUACCAAAGCUGCGGCUAUCGCCAACAUGCCACCCCCGCACGACGUACCGUCUCUUCGUUCGUAUCUCGGAGCUGUGAACUACUAUGCAAAGUAUGUUCCCGAAAUGCGUAAGCUGCGCUUCCCAAUGGAUCAACUACUCAAAGCAGGCACAAAGUGGGAAUGGUCAGCAGCGUGUCAACGGUCAUUCAACCAGUUCCGGAAAAUUUUGCAGAGUCCAUUGGCAUUAACACACUACAACCCUAAUAUGGAAAUUAUAGUGUCGGCGGACGCAUCGCAGCAUGGAAUUGGAGGUCGUAUAGCACACAAAUUUCCUGAUGGGACAAUCAAGGCGAUUGCGCACGUGUCUCGCGCAUUAACCAAAGCCGAAUCCAAUUACAGCCAGAUAGAAAAGGAAGCGCUCGCACUGAUUUUCGCCGUUACCCGCUUCCAUCGGAUGGUUUUUGGUCGACAUUUUGUCCUCGAAACGGAUCAUAAACCGUUAUUAUCUGUUUUUGGGUCCAAGAAAGGAAUACCGGUUUAUACGGCGAAUAGACUGCAACGAUGGGCAUUAACUUUGCUUCUAUAUGAUUUCAGCAUCAAGUACGUCAAUACCGAGAGUUUCGGUUAUGCUGAUAUCCUGUCGCGGCUGAUAAACACUCACAUUCGGCCAAACGAGGAAUAUGUCAUCGCUUCAGUUGAGUUGGAGGAUUCUAUGCUCGACAUCAUCAAGCAGUCAAGAGAGGUCCUUCCAGUAACAUUCAAGUCUGUUCAAGCUAAUACAGAUGUAGACGAAAUCCUUAGGCAGGUUAAGCAGCAUGUGCAGACAGGUUGGCCUAUACGGAAGAAUGUCAUCGAAAAUUCCCAAAUCCAACAGUUCUUUGACCGGCGUGAUAGUCUUUCUGUCAUCUCGGGUUGCAUUUUCUACGGUGAACGACUGGUAAUUCCAAGCAAAUUCCGGGACAACGUACUCCAUUCACUGCAUAGAGGACAUCCUGGAAUUGACCGAAUGCGAUCGGUCGCUCGAAAUUAUGUCUACUGGCCAGGUAUCGACGAGGACGUAGCAAAUUUUGUUCGUUCUUGUACAAAUUGUUCCAGAGCAGCUAAGACAAAUAUCAAAACAAAUUUAGAGUCUUGGCCUAUACCUACACACCCGUGGCAACGUGUGCAUGCAGACUUUGCCGGUCCCGUAGAUGGACAAUUUUUCUUGAUAGUUGUAGAUUCGUUCAGCAAGUGGCCAGAGGUUGUACCAUCCAAGCGAAUCACCACUGCAGCUACUUUAGCUAUGUUCAGGGAAAUAUUCGCCAGACAUGGUAUGCCAGAAACAUUAGUAACUGAUAAUGGUACACAAUUUACCAGCGCUGAAUUUGCGGCAUAUUGUGAAACCAAUGGAAUCCUGCACUUGAAAACCCCAGCCUACCAUCCUCAGUCGAAUGGACUCGCAGAACGGUUUGUCGAUACGUUCAAGCGAACCAUGAAGAAGAUUUCAGCGGGGGGAGAGGCCCUCCGCAAAUCACCAGCAGAAUUGCUACUAGGCCGAAAGCUGAGAACAUCACUUGAUUUGUUGAAGCCGCCCUCAUCGUACUACAAGCCGAUGAAUGCAAAACAAGAUCUUCAGUUUAAUCGGUGA